AUGUUUAUUGGUGUAGCUAAAGAGAAAUUUCACUACCAUAAUACUUUGUUAUGUUUAGUUAGGUCCUUACAGAAAGUAAACAUUACCAUUGAUCUCAGAAAUGAUUCAUAUGUAUGUGGUGAGCUUGAAUUAGUGGAUGGCUUCAUGAACCUCUCUCUAUUAAAGGCUGUAUAUUGUGAUCCACAAGGCAAUGAAUAUUAUUUUGAAAACAUAUUUUUACAAGGUAGAAAUAUAAGGUAUAUUCAUAUUCCAGAAUCGAUGAAUAUAAUAUCAACAAUAAAACAAGAGCUGAGGUGUAAUAAGCCGAAACCGAAAGAAAAAGCUACCAUGAAAUCAAGAAAAGUGCAAAAGGCACGGAGACAACACAUGCAAACUGUAGCGGAGUUACAAAUGAAACCUUCAGGCUCCAAGUGA